AUGGCUCCCAUACACCUCAAAUCCGCGCUUGUCACGUCCAACGCGGAGGGAAAUCAGAAAGUCACGCAGCUUGUUCAGGGAAUCAUACAAGACAUCAGAACCAAUGGCGACAAAGCUGUGCGAAGCUAUUCGGAGCGGUUUGAUAAGUGGUCACCCCCUUCUUUCAAGCUGUCCCCGGGACAGAUCGAAGCCUGCAUUGCGGAGCUCCCUGCUCAAACUAUCAAGGACAUCAAAUCAGCACAAGAAAACGUGCGAAGAUUUGCCCAGGCCCAGCGUUCUACGAUUAAAGACUUGGAGGUUGAGAUCCAACCAGGUGUCGUUGGUCACAAGAAUAACCCAAUUGACCGUGUCGGCGCAUACAUUCCCGGCGGUCGGUAUCCAUUGCUUGCAUCUGCGCAUAUGACUGUCACUACUGCUAAGGUGGCUGGGGUGAAAGAAAUCAUUGCAUGCACGCCACCUAUCCUGGGCCAGCUGCCAAAUGCCACGGUCGCGGCAGCUCACUUCGCUGGUGCCGACGAGAUUCACAUCCUAGGUGGUACACAAGCAAUUGCAGCUAUGGCCAUCGGUACUGAAAGUAUCAAGAAAGUCAACUUCAUUGCUGGACCCGGCAAUGCCUUCGUUGCAGAGGCGAAACGUCUCCUCUUUGGCGAGAUUGGCAUCGACCUCUUUGCCGGCCCGACUGAGACCCUCAUCGUCGCAGACGAGUAUGCGGACCCUUUCACUGUGGCUACGGAUUUGCUCUCGCAAGCUGAGCAUGGUCCAGACUCACCCGCUGUACUGAUAACGAGCUCGGAAGAGGUGGGACGGCAGACUAUCAAAGUCGUUCAGACACUAUUGAAGCAGUUGCCCACGGCCGACCUCGCUAGCCGAUCUUGGGAGGAUUUUGGUGAAGUCGUCCUGGUGGAUGGCAUUGACGAGGCAUUCAGAGUUGCGGAUGAGUACUGCAGCGAGCACGUCCAAAUUUUGACAGAGAGACCAAGAGAGGCACUUGAGAAGAUGACAAACUAUGGUGCACUUUUCUUAGGCGAAAGAACAUGCGUAUCUUACGGCGAUAAGUGUAUCGGGACUAACCACGUAUUGCCAACCCGCAAGGCGGGCAACUACACUGGUGGUCUUUGGGUGGGCAAGUUCCUCAAGACACAGACAUAUCAGGAAGUACGUGACGACAGGGUCAGCGCUGAGCUUGGGCAAUUGUGCGCAAGGUGUUCGAGGGCGGAGAACUUUGAGGGACAUGCUAGGUCUGGCGACCUGAGAGCUCAUUACUAUCUGCAUGAAGAGUACGAUUGGAUCAAGCAGGCCAAGGCUGCCCUCUAG